CUCUCCAACCAGGGGAGCAGCUGGGACUGUGCAAGGGCCACCUGGUGAGUGGGGAUUCCACGAAGUCUGGCUGACCUUUCAUCCCUACUGAGGAACUUCAGGGGUGUCCAAAGCCCGAUGUGCUUUCUUUUUGGAAGAUGACUCUGAACACAUCCACCAUGGAUGGGGCUGGGCUGGGGGUGGAGAGGGACUUCUCCUUCCGAAUUCUUACAGCCUGUUUCCUGUCACUGCUCAUCCUGUCCACUCUCCUGGGGAACACGCUGGUCUGCGCUGCUGUCAUCAGGUUCCGACACCUGCGGUCCAAGGUGACCAACUUCUUUGUCAUUUCCUUAGCUGUGUCAGAUCUCUUGGUGGCUGUCUUGGUCAUGCCGUGGAAAGCUGUGGCUGAGAUUGCUGGCUUUUGGCCCUUUGGGUCCUUCUGUAACAUUUGGGUGGCCUUUGACAUCAUGUGCUCCACUGCAUCCAUCCUCAACCUCUGUGUGAUCAGUGUGGACAGGUAUUGGGCGAUCUCUAGUCCUUUCCAGUAUGAAAGGAAGAUGACACCCAAGGCAGCUUUUGUUCUGAUUAGUGUGGCAUGGACACUGUCUGUCCUCAUCUCCUUCAUCCCAGUGCAACUCAGCUGGCACAAAGCAAAACCCAUAAGCCCCUCUGAGGGGAAUGCCACUUUCCUAGAAGACACUUCGGACAACUGUGACACCAGAUUGAGCAGGACGUAUGCCAUUUCGUCCUCCCUAAUAAGCUUUUACAUCCCAGUGGCCAUCAUGAUUGUCACUUACACCAGUAUCUACAGGAUUGCCCAGAAACAGAUACGGCGCAUCUCCGCGUUGGAGAGGGCAGCAGUCCAUGCUAAGAACUGCCAGACCACCACAGGUAAUGGAAACCCUGUAGAAUGUUCUCAAUCAGACAGUUCCUUUAAGAUGUCCUUCAAAAGAGAGACUAAAGUUCUUAAGACCCUGUCCGUGAUCAUGGGGGUGUUUGUGUGCUGCUGGCUACCUUUCUUCAUCUCAAACUGCAUGGUGCCCUUCUGUGGCUCUGGGGAGACCCAACCCUUCUGCAUCGACUCUAUCACCUUUGACGUGUUUGUGUGGUUUGGGUGGGCUAAUUCUUCCUUGAACCCCAUCAUUUAUGCCUUUAAUGCUGACUUUCAGAAGGCAUUUUCAACCCUCUUAGGAUGUUACAGACUUUGCCCUACGACAAAUAAUGCCAUAGAGACAGUUAGCAUCAAUAACAAUGGAGCUGUGGUGUUUUCCAGCCACCACGAGCAACGAGGCUCCAUCUCUAAGGAGGGCAAUCUGGUUUAUUUGAUCCCACAUUCCGUGGGCUCCUCCGAGGACCUGAAAAAGGAGGAAGCAGGUGGACUAGCUAAACCAUUGGAGAAGCUGUCCCCAGCCCUAUCUGUCAUAUUGGACUAUGACACUGAUGUCUCUCUGGAGAAGAUUCAGCCUAUCACACACAAUGGACAGCAUCCAACUUGA